AUGAAUCAAGGAGCAUCGGAAACGGCAGCCCCGGUGGCUGCUCCCAAUGCCUCAUCUGUACGGACGCAGGCAACACUGGGUUACAAAGCGCAGCAGCGUCACUCUACCAUCUUGACGUCGUCGCAAAAUCUUUUCGCCAAGGCGUCGCAAAAGCCUGCUGCACGGCAUGUGCGAUCCAGCCCGAGCAGUAUUCUAUUUGAAGCUGAAUACCAACAGGAGAUCUUUGAGUACAUGCACGUUAUGGAGAAGCAAACCAUGCCCAACAUUGAACUUAUGAGCGUGCAGCCAGAACUACACUGGUUUAUGCGUCCAUACCUGGUUGAUUUUUUGAUUGAGAUCCACCAGUCUUUCCGUCUCCGCCCUGAGACUCUAUACCUCACGAUGAAUCUGGUGGACCGCUACGUGUCAAGGCGUAUUGUGUACAAGCGCCAUUACCAGCUUGUGGGAUGCGCUGCACUACUCAUUGCAGCCAAAUUUGAAGAUUCGAAGGAUCGUGUUCCCACUGUCCAGGAACUUAGUCAGAUGUGCUGCAAUGCCUAUGAUCCGGGUGCUUUUACCCAAAUGGAAGGGCAUGUCCUUUCAACGUUAGGCUGGUGCCUGGGUCACCCGACGGCUGAAUCAUGGCUUCGGUACGAGUACUCUUGUGCCCCGCCAUCUGUGCCCAGCACCCACAGUGUUGCCCGCUUCUUGCUGGAAGUGACGCUGUUCCACGAAAGCUUUAUUCCGAUGCUUCCUUCCACACUAGCUGCAGGUGCUAUGCUAUUGGCGCGACAUAUCUGCCGUGACCCACGUCUUCAGCCGCACCCUCUUGGUGCUGUUGCCACGCAGGCAGCCAACCAAAUCUACCAAUUCGUUCUAGAUCACCAGAGUGAUAUUUCCUCCAUUCUGAUCAAGAAGUACUCGUACUCGUACUAUGCGGAGGCUUCGACACUUGCCAUGGAUUGGUUCAAGAAGCGUGCGGAAAUCAAGAAGGCAGUUACUCCAAAGCCAGCCUAUCGUAUGGAGACGCAUUCCAGCGAUGAUGAGGCAGACUCGAUGCAUUCCACUGAAUCUGCUGGUUCUGUCUUUUCCACGCCUUCUCGCUCCAUGACACGCGAUGAUGAUGAUGAUGAGAGCAUGCCAGUGACGCCCAUGUCACUGCACUCUGUCCAGGAUACUUCGUUUAACAGCUCUUAUGGCACCCAUCCACCCUCACGUUUUGUUUAUACCAACUCCCUCGGCAACCGAAACGUUCUGCCUGAUUCCAACAAGUCCUCCUCCUCCUGGAUGUCAUUGGUGCAGCUUCGACCUGUUGCCAAGCACAAAAUGGCCCGCAUGGACAUGGAUGUCCAUAUGGAGGAAAAGACAACUUGA